AUGGGCAGAGGGCAAGCAGUACAGAGGGCAAGUGGGAGGGAGAGGGAGGGAGAGGGGGAGAGGAGGGCAAGGGAGGGUGGAGGGGGAGAGGGAGAGGGAGAGGGAGAGGGCAAGAGGGAGAGGGUGCAGGAGGGAGGGCAAGAGGGCAAGGGCAAGGGAGGGAGGGCAAGGGAGGGAGGACAGGCCAUGCAUAAUUGUGGUGAAGGCCAUGGUAUCCAUGGCCUGGUGGAGGAGGUGGGGGUGGAGGAGGAGGAGGAGGAUGUGGUGGUGGUGGUGGAAGAGGGGGUGGCAGAGGGGGCAGAGGGGGUGGCAGAAGGUGCAGAGGGGGUGGCAGAGGAAGGGGGGGGCCUCCUGAAAGGGCUGCAGAUAACCCCCAUGCUGAGCUCUUGGUCAGGAAUGUCACUGAAAGGGAUGUUCCUGAACCAGUUGAGUUUGGGAAGACUGUGGAUGCAGACUGCAUGUGGCUUGCCUACAACAGGCCAAGGUACAAGCAGCAAGAUCAGCAUCCCCCCAAUGUUGCUGGAAGGCAGUGACAGUGGAAGCCUCAAGGGCAGUACUGGCAGCUCUACAUGGCCAGGCAGGAGGGUUGGGAUGAUAAUCUGGUCCUGGUGGAUAUUUGCCAUGGAGCAGAUGAUCUGGCUAACAUCCCUGAUGAUGCUGAUAUGUGAAGUCCCUGGGUAUUCUCCUAAUACCCUCACCAUCUUGUUCCACUGCUUUGUGCAGGGAUUCAAAGGGGACCAUACCCAGAACCCUGAGUGGGAGGAUUUUUAUGAGGAAGAUGGGGAACAGUAUGAGGUGGUGGGGAUUACUGGCCAUUGUUGGUGCCCUGGACCAACACCCAAUUCUUCUAUAUUACAUUACUCUGUAGUAUGGGGUGAUGGAGAAGGCAAUGCUACAGACCCAGAUGAUGAGGAUGAGCAUGAGGAGGAGAAUGAACUGGCAGCUUGGAUUUGUGCCUGGCAAGCUGGUUCUCCUGAGGCCUCAAGUGGACUGGGGUGGUAUUGGCUGGUUUCCCAUGAGGAGCUGAAGCUAAAGUCUGCUGCCCUGAUCUACACAUAUUGGGCAAAGAAAUCAGGUGUUCAAGCUGUAGACUGCCCCCCUGAGGCCAAAGAAAUAAUGAAGCUCAACAAGAAUAUGCUCUUUAGGGAAGGGAAGAUAGGCAAUGGGGUGUCUAAUGCCUUCUCCACCCUCAUAAGCCUUGGGCCCCCCCAAGCCUGGUUCAAGAAGUUGACUGUGACAAAGGAAGAAGUUGACAGCAUGGAGGGCAUCCUCUGCAUCAAGUGCUGUAAGGAUCAAGGGAUGGUCCAUGCACCAUCUCACCAUGCCCACUGUGUAGAUGUGAUCCUUCAAGAGGAUUGUACAACCUGGGGCACACCAGGCCAGGAAUACCAGGAGGCAUGUGGACUUGGAGAGCUUCAAGGUCAUAUCAAGGCUCAUGUGCCAAUUCUCUGCCCAGUAUGGGAAGAAAUUCCACAUUCUCACUGUGGUGGAUGUGCAUUGCAACGAGGGGGACAGGAGGCUCCUGUACAACAAGGGGAGCAAGUACCACUAGUAUGCUGUCUGGGGAGACACAAUCCCCAAAGUCAUCUGUGA